CCCGCUGGCAUUUACGUGUCCAUCAAUCUCGACUCCCGGAGACGCUAGAAAUCGGCCAUCAGUAUCUUAUCAUCUGAUGAAUCUGUGGCCUGGGCCCGGGGGAAUAUUGUAAUUCUGUAAAAUCACCACAUGCCUUACCUGCAUUAUCAAUGGAGACCAGGGCGUCCUUUGAGCUUCAUCGAAUGUUGGGCAGCGGAGAGGUCAUUGAGAAACUUGAAAUGUCGUGGGAUGAGCUGGUCCAUCACGGAGAUGAGCCAUUCGAUCUAUACUUCCCCCCUGUGCGCGGUGUCCACCCCUUCUUCACACUGAAAGUUGCUUUAGUACAUACUUGCAACAACAAAAAUGACGUACCGUUCAACUCCCUUGUAAACUACGGCAUUGCUCGAGACACAGAUGCGGGUCAUGCACAAUUUGCCGCAUACAUAACAAGCGAGAAUAUUUCUCACCUGAACGAUGCUGUAGAGCAUUUUCGGUUGGUUCUGGACCAGUGUCCGGUCGGCUAUCCAGAUUACGCGGCAGCUCUCACCAACCUCGCGUCUGCCCGUCUUGAUGGCUACAUACAAAAUGAUAUCGAUACUACCACUUCCCUCCUCCGCAACGCCCUUGCAUUGCGCCCGCAGCGCCAUUCCCAUCAUCCCUCAUCUCUAUAUAAUCUUGCUCUAGCGCUGAGUUUGUGCUACAAUGAGAAAGGUACUAUUGCCGACAUCUGCGAAGCCGGCCAACUAUGUCAUGAUCUACUCCCUCUCUGCAAAGGGUACCCACCUUUGUACGAAGACCUGCAAGCGGCAGCGCGCCAGGGCCCGGCCAUCAUCCUCAAUGCUAGUAAAUACUCGUGCAGCGCCAUCAUCGUCCCGACGUCAGGAGACCCCCAUCAUGUUCCCUUGCCGUCUGUCGCCCUUGCAGAUCUAACCAAUCUCAAGGAUCGCUUCGCCAGGGCAAUACGAGAUUCAUCUCGGAUGAACCCAGGGGAGUCGAGGACGGAUCUCAUAGUGCUCUUGCGCAUAAUAUGGGACCAGAUUAUGCUACCAAUCGUCCACGUACUCGAGCACGUCCUCAAACUAAAGCGCCGUUCUCGAAUCUGGUUGUGUCCUACUGCAGCUUUCACCUCCAUUGCUCUCCAUGCCGCUCACCCCUUUCAAACAAAGGCAGAUCGUUCUGUGAAGGAGCAAUGCCUGGAGGAUCUCUACAUCUGUUCUUACACCCCGACACUUUCUGCUCUAGUCAGAUCUAGACAGUCGAUGAAGAAGCGUGUGCCUCCGUCCUUCGUAGUAAUCGGACAAGGUCAACCGGGUUCAGGGACAGGCAAGGCACUUUUGGCUGUCGACAGCGAGCUCGAGCUUCAAAAUACCUGGGUGCACCUAGCUUGUCAUGGCAAGCAGGACCCUAUGCAGCCUUACAGUUCGCAUCUCUUCGUGUUCUUAUCAGCGUGUCAUACUGCCGUCGGCGAUGAGGAAACGCCCGACGAAGUGAUCCAUCUCGCAGCUGGUCUCCGGUUUUCAGGAUUCAAGAGCGUUAUUGGCACGCUGUGGGAGGUGGACAAUGCUGUCGCAAAACACAUCGUCGAAGCUUUCUACACGUAUAUGUUCAGAGAUUCGAAGGAUGGUGGUGUCGUGGACUGUACGAAGGCGGCCUGAGCACUCAACUGUGCUACACAUGUGGUGAAGACGAAAGUGCCGCUCGAGCAGAGAAUGGUUUUCAUUCAUAUCGGUGUGUAGUUCUAUGUAUCAUAUGUCGUAUUGCUG